AUGUUUAUCUUCACAGCAGGGGAGGUAAACUACAGAUGUCGAAUACCUGAAUGUGAUGCUCAAAAUGCUGCAUUCAGUGCUGAUUUUCUCAACUUUACAACUCCUGCUGUUGAAGGAAACUUCGCCAGGUGUAAGAGAUUUCGGAAGCUCUCAAAUAUCAGUUUGGAAGAUCAGUGUCAAGGCGAAUUUUUCGACACAAAUCAAACAGAAGAGUGCUCCGAAUUAAUUUAUCAAGAUGACGAAAGGACAAUUCAGAACGAAUGGAAUCUUGGAUGUAGUGAAGAUUGGAAACUAUCUCUUGUUGGGACUGUUAAUGGAAUAGGACAGGUUGUUUGCCUACCCCUAGUAGGCUACAUAUCUGAUCGAUAUGGAAGACGAACAGCCUUCAUCUUAAGUGCUUUCUUUGCUGCUUCUCUUGGACUUCUCAGAUCAUUUUCCACCAACUUUACUAUGUUCGUUAUUCUAGAAUUCUUGGAUCCUGCUCUCAGUUCGGGAAUGUUUAAUGCUGGAUUUCUUUUAGGAAUGGAGCUUGUAGGACCAUCUAGACGCGCAUUGGUUGCAUUUUGUCUUCUUGUAGCCUGCACAAUGGGCUCUGUUGGCCUAGGAGUACUGGUUAUGUUUGUCAAGCACUGGCGCCUGCUUCUUAGGAUAGUUUACUUGCCUUCCUUUAUUUUCAUGAUGUACUAUUGGUUCAUACCUGAAAGUAUUAGAUGGCUGUAUAAGAAGAAUCGCCUAGUUGAAGCUUCUAACGUUAUUAUUUCAGCUGCUAAGACAAACAGCAGUCAGUUGGCAUUAAAAGCUCAGACGAUGCUGAAGGAGGCUACAAAGAAUCCUUCAGAAAACGACCUCAACAAAAUUGAAUCUGUGAAUAAGGAUGCCAAAGAAUCCCGUCUAGGAUUAAUUCUAAAAUCGAAAACUCUUCUAAUAAGGAUUGUUAAUUGUUCCUUCUACUGGGCAGCUAUGUCCUUUGCCUAUACAGGCUUAAACAUGAAUUCAGUAAUGAUUGCCGGGGAUAAGCAUGUGAAUUUUAUUCUCAACAUAUUAAUUGAAAUCCCAGCAAAUUUAAUAUGUUGCUGGUUAAUGGAGAAAAUUGGAAGAAAAACAAUUCUGAGUUUAAGCCAAAUAUCUUGUGGUCUUGCAUGCAUAGCAAGUAUCUUUCUCAAAGGAGCUCCUGUUUCUGCACAGACAACGGUGUUCCUUAUUGGAAAAUUAGGUGCAUCAGUUUCUUACAGCAUUGUCUCCGUUUAUACAUCGGAAAUCUUCCCAACGACUCUUCGUCAUACUCUUGUCUCAAUCUGCUCAAUUCUAGGACGUACAGGAUCAACUUUAGCUCCUUUUACGCUUUUUCUGGGAAAAUAUAUGGAGUCCAUGGAAAUGAUCCUGUUUGCUUCAAUGACAAUUCCUGCGGGGAUUUUCAUCCUUUUUGCACCUGAAACGCUGAAUCAACCACUACCGGAUACAAUCCAAGAAGCUGAAGAUAUCGGCAAAGUCAAGGAAUGCCGGCAUUUAUUGUGAUCUGAACUAACAGACGAGUUAUACAAGAAUAUUAAUGAACAAGAAGCAAAUUGUAGGUCAAAUUUACAAAGACAUUUUUUUAGGCAUUUUUAAUGAAGGAAUUUUCACCUCCAAACUCAUCAGGCAGACAUCGAAUUGUUGAAUGGCUGUGAAAACAUAUCGUUUUAGCAAAUAAGCUUAUCGCUUGAAUGAAUUUAUUGACAAACAGAGAGGAAGAGUGAGACAGAAAAAAAUAUACAAGAGAGUCUGAGUAAGACUCACACGUGCUAUCUGGCAUAAAAUUUGCAUAAUGAUACCACAAG